CGGCGUGCUUAGCUUUUCUCUGUUAUGUCUGGUCGGGGCAAGGGCGGGAAAGGCCUUGGAAAAGGGGGCGCUAAGCGUCACCGCAAGGUUCUGCGUGAUAACAUCCAGGGCAUCACCAAGCCCGCCAUUCGCCGUCUGGCUCGGCGUGGCGGUGUGAAGCGCAUUUCCGGCCUCAUCUACGAGGAGACCCGCGGGGUGCUGAAGGUGUUCCUGGAAAACGUAAUACGGGACGCUGUCACCUACACUGAGCACGCCAAGCGCAAGACUGUUACCGCCAUGGACGUAGUCUAUGCGCUCAAGCGCCAGGGACGCACUCUCUAUGGUUUCGGCGGCUAA